AUGGGAGACUGUGGAGGGGCAGAGGAGGAGAGUGGGGAACUGAUGGGAAAUGACAGCAGGACUAAGUCACUGCGGAUUUGCUUUAUCCUCAGCCAGGCGGAAUUGGUCCCAGAGCUGCACAAAAUCAUCACCAGCAUGAUUAAACGGAGUAGACUUCAGAAAAAGCAGUUUGGUUCUUCCGUCCUGCCAUCAUUUGUUUUUUAUGUUUUGUCACCAAGAGUGACCUUGAGGAAUCCUGGGAGCUCAGGAAGGAAGGAGCGCCCAGAAGCAGGGACAGGGAGCUGGUUGGGGAGGACCAGAAAUCAGGUUAUCAAUUCUCUGCGUGACCAUUUCCAUCCUGGGACUGACUUUUGUGGAAUUCUUUGGAUAGUUAUCAUUAUCGUGUUCCUGGGAAUUUCUACACUUGCCAUUUUCCUCUGGAAAACUAGGCUUUGUGUGUCUUUCCUCAAGACUGUCUUAAAGUCACGAAAUGUACACGACAGAUCCACGGAUGUACAGCGGAGAGCCUGGAGGUCCAAUAGCCGUAGCCAGGAAGGAAUUAAAAUUAGCAUGGAAGACCUCUAUACUUCAUGGAGAUAUAUGGAAGCCAAAGUUCCAGCUGAAGUCCAUAAGGUGAUGAUGAAGGUCAACAGUCAUUACAAAAUCAAUGGACAGAGGAAGACUGCCAAGGAAGAGAAAUUGUUUCACGCUGCGGAAAGGUUGCGGCGGCAGGCAGAGGACUACUACAGACGCAAAAUCACCCCUUCUGCAAGAAAGCCUCAUGCCAACUGGCUCUGUGCUCAAGCCUUGCAGAGGAAGAUGGCAGAGAGGAAGGCUGCCUACAAGCAGCAAAGGUAGGUCAUUGUGAUGGACAUUUUAAAGGAUGUUUUUGUUUUAAGAUAAAGCUUUGAGUGUCUAGUAAAGAACUUGGUGUUUUAAUUCUUCAAGUCAAUUCUUUCUAUGUCUUCUAGGUGUGAAAUGAGGGAAAAGCAGAGAGUGCCAGAGAGACACAGGAGUCAGGAGC